GUAAAAUGGACGAGGAUAAUCAUCGCAUCGAGGAGAGUGAAAUUGACGAGAUCAUCGAAAUCGACGAUGAUGCCGAGAUGAAGUACGCUAGUGACGACGAGGAUCAGCAAAGUACUUCGAACGCCGACGUUCCUGCAGAAAUCAUCGAUGAUUCUCUAAUGUCUCUCCAGGCACACGCUCAAGACUGUUUCACAGUGGCUCUGGCUUCAAAUCGUUGGCUCGCGACCGGUGGAGAAGACGAUGUGGCUUUCCUUUUCGAUCAAAACCAAUCCGAAUCCGAGCCAGUGCUUAAGGUGGAGCACAAGGAUUCUGUCACUCAAGUGAUGUUCAAUCAUAGCGAAACUUUGCUGGCUACCGGCGAUUUGAGCGGGAAAAUCAUGAUCUCUGAGAUGGCGACGAAGAAAGUUCGCGCGGAGAUCGACGAAUGUAACGAUCUGGAAUGGAUGUGCUGGCAUCAAACUGCGGAUAUCUUAUUUGCGGGUGAUAAGGACGGAAUUUUAUGGAUGUGGUUGAUUGGAAAUAAGGGAAUUGCACAGUCAAAGGUAUAUGCUGGAAAUGGUUCAUCGUGUACAACAGGAUGCCUGAUGCCGGACGGAAAACGUAUUAUGUGUGGAUAUUCGGAUGGAAUCGUUCGUUUGUGGCUUCUCCGUGAGGAAACGAGCACUCAUCUCUACUUCCACUCCCCAAUUACUGCCAUCGAUCAUCAUGUAACACAGACAGUUGCAAUUAUUGGAACACAAUCUGGUACAGUGAAUGUAGUUAACACUGCUUCACCGGAUAAUGUGCUGAAAAAGAUUUCACUGUUACCACCGCCCGGCGUCAAAUCGACAACGAUUACGGCCGCCGGAACAGCUGCAAUGGAAGAGGGACGACAAGAGGAAGAGGAGGACGAGGAUGUUGGAAAUUGUGUUGAAAGUCUUGCGAUGGCACCGUCACAUCCAUGGUUUGCUGUUGGACGGAAUGAUGGAACUAUGUGUAUUUAUGAAAUGGAUUCCAAUUCACCCAGAAGCAUUUUCCAGUCGAAUCAGAUGAUGGCAAUUGUAAAAGUAAUCUGGUCGAUGGAAGGCAAUGCACCAUACGUGACAGCUGGCUCAAUUGAUGGAACUAUCCGUAUUUUUGAUGCCAGAGACAGCUCGCUGGUCAAGGAGCUUCACAACGGCGGAGACGAGGUUUUGGAUGUUUUGGUGAUUCAAUCGAAUCCUCAUCGCUUCAUGACUGCCGGCAGUGGAGGAAUUGUUCGUGUUUUUGAUUUGAACUGAGAGAGAUUUUCUUUAGAAAUUAUACUUUUUUCUACUUUUUGUUGUGUUUUUUUUUGUCCUAAAUUUCUGGUUCCUGUUCGCCUUUCCGGUUUUCCCGAUUUUUUUCGAUGCAAAUGACAGAAAAUAGACCGAAAAAACUGUUUUUAAAAAAAAAAUUUUGGCAAUUUUUUCAAUUUUCCGCCCACUUGUUGGAUAUAUUCAUUUUUCUGACAAAUUUGACUGGUUUUUCAGUUAAAAUUGUCAGAAAAACUGAAAUAUCCAAGAAAUGAGCGUAGCCUAAUCGCCCUUUUUUAUUUUUGAAAAAAAAAACAUUUAGGCCAGUUUUUUGUCAUUUAAAGGAGGACUAACAGUUCGAACGAUUUUGAACGUAUAGACCCAAAAUGAGCUCAAAUAAACGAAUUUCGUAAUAAAAGUGCUCAAAAAAUUUUUUAAAUUUUUUUAUGGCAAUUCAAAUUUUUGAAAAAAUAACACUAAUUUUGGCUAAAAUCACGAAUUUUUCCCGCUUUUCCGUGUCACAUCUGUCCGAAGUUGGCUUUUUUUGGAAUUAUCGUCCUUUAUUACAUAUAUUGGUAGUUUAUCUCAUUUGAUUUCGUCGAUUAAAGUACAUUUAAAGCCGAUAGGUAACCAAAAAUCAUUGAAAUUGGUUACCUAUUGGCUUUAAAUGUACUUUAACGAAAUCACAUGAGAUUAAUUACCAAUAUAUGUAAUAAAGGACGAUAAUUCCAAAAAAAGUCAACUUCGGACAGAUGUGACACGGAAAAAUGGGAAAAAUUCGUGGUUUUAGCCAAAAUUAGUGUUAUUUUUUCAAAAUUUUGAACCGCCAUAAAAAAUUUUUGAAAAUUUUUUGAGCAGUUUCAUUACGAAAUUCGUUCAUUUGAGCUCAUUUUUGGUCUAUACGUUCAAAAUCGUCCGAACCGUUAGUCCUCCUUUAAUUCCUGUUAUUCUAGUUAUUCUAGUUAUUCUAGUUUUUUUUUCUGACCAUGCUAUAUUUGAAAUUCGCCGAAACAAAAAAAUAUAAUCCCCAUUGAAGCCCCCCCAACAAUUUUCGUUUUUGUUAUUCAUUUGAUACCAAUUCCCCCAUUUUUUUUGUUUUGUUUUGUUAACACCUCGUUUUUUAUUUCUGUUCUGUUUUCUGAUAUUUUUUUUGUUAUUUAACAUUUUCUGGUUUUCUAAGUUUAUCAUACAUAAACUAUUUGUUGUUG